CGGCGCAGGCGCGGGGCGGGGCGCUCCCAUGAUCCGGCGCUGGCGGCUGCCGUGGGCUGUGGGGGGCGCGGGGAUGAGCCUGCGUGCCGGGCGCUGCCGGCCCGGGCCGCCCUGGCUGCGGCUGCCCGCGGUGCCGGGCGCGGAGCAGCCCCGCGCUAACGAGCUGCUGCUGCUUCCGCCGCCACCGCCACCCGGCCCCGGCGGAGCCCCGCAGCACCAUGUGCUGUACUUCCCGGGAGACGUGCAGAACUACCAUGACAUCAUGUCUUGCCACCCAGAAAACUUCCAGUGGGAGCAGUGGAGUUUUGAAAAUGUUGCUACCAUACUUGCUCGUCGGUUCCCUAAUAGCUUUAUUUGGGUUGUAAAGUGUUCUCGAAUGCACCUGCACAAAUUCAGUUGUUAUGACAACUUUGUGGCGAGCAACAUGUUUGGAGCACCAGAGCACAGCACUGACUUUGGAGCUUUCAGGCAUCUCCAUGCAUUGCUUGUUAAUGCAUUCAGACUCUCUCAGAAUAUUCUGCUGUCCCAGAAAAGUGUGCAUGGUGUCAGCAAGGAUGCAAAAAUAGCUGCUUGUAAAUCACAGCCACAGUCUGUUCCUACAACAAAUGGCUGCUCAUCCACAAAAAGAGAGAGAGAUUGUGAAUGCUCUAAUAAUUCUGCUAUGAACUUUGUUGUACCGUCUGCUGUAGAUGCAGUGUCGUUUACUUUGAUUGGCUUCAGUAAAGGCUGUGUGGUUCUGAACCAGCUGCUUUAUGAGCUGAAGGAAGCUAAAAAAGAUAAGAAUAUGGAUGCAUUCUUAAAAAACAUAAAAGCAAUGUACUGGUUGGAUGGUGGUCACUCAGGAGGAAGCAAUACUUGGGUUACUUACCCUGAAGUGCUGAAAGAACUUGCACAGACAGGAAUUGAAGUUCAUGCUCACGUUACACCAUACCAAGUGUUUGACACAAUGAGGUCAUGGAUUGGGAGAGAGCAUGAAAAAUUUGUACAGAUACUGGAAGAAUUUGGUGUGGAAAUAAAUGAUCAACUCCAUUUUGCUGAUGACAUUCCCUCCUUAGAUAACCAUUUCAGAGUUCAUGAAGUGUUUUGAGACUGUAUAUGUCUGAACAGGACCUUCAUUGUAAAAGCACUUUUGACGCCAUACAUGUUUUCAUCUAGAUUGACAACUUAGAGCAGAUGCUUUCUGAAGAGAAGACUUAAUCAGUCCUGCGUUGCUGAUAGACAUUAUAUAUAAAUUUCAGUAGGUUAAAAAGGAGGAUUGGGACCCCAUGCCUACAACAUGUUGUUGUUUGAUUCCUGGAAAAAAAGUGUAAUAAAGAACUGUCCUAUAUAUGUUUUUGAGUUAAAUGUGAACGUUUACUCUCAAACUGUUGGCAAGAUUUUUAGUCCUGGAUGUCUAAUGUCACGUACUGCCUUUGAAGUGAGUUUAAAGGACUCGAGGCUUUCACAUGCUUGCAUCCUUCAAUUUAUUAGCUUCCAGGGCUAAAAGCUUUGGUCUUUGUCUGUAGCAGAUGUAGCGUAAAGUUUUUGGCUGAAGGAAAAUUAUGAUUGUUGGAACAAUCUUAGUUGUAUAUUUUGGUUAAAAUUGCUUUAGUUAGUUAGUUGUAUCUUCCAGUUUUGUAACAUUUCUGCUGUUGAUUCAAGUUGCAAAUACUUACCUUUGGAAUGCUUGUGCCAAUCCAUUUUUCUUCCUUAUGUGCGCCUUCCUUUUUCUUUCACUUUGAAGUUUCAUUAAUUCAUUGCAUAGUAUCUGCUAGCGAAUAGCCCUUUCACCUGGAGCCUUGAAAAUUUUGAUGUAGCUGUUUUAAGUGACCAAGAAUGUUGAUGAGGGUGUAGCUUAUUACUGUUUCAACAUACCUUGCCAUUGCUUUGACUAACUUCUGUAAGGACCAGCAGUAGUAUUUGUAUUUUCAAGUCAAGAGGUGUCUUUACCCCUGCCUUGGACUGAUGAGGUUUUUCUUGAUAAUUGCUGCAUUGAUGUUGAUCUAAAUCGAGCCAUAAGUAUGUAACGUAUUACAAGUUUCAUAAAACUUUUUAGACUAUUUUGACCAUAGCUGUUUCAAAAUGCUUCAAUUUGUAGAACUAUUAUCUUAGUUAAAUGUAUUGCAGUAGUUGCUUCAAGACCCACACAAAAACUUAUUUUCAGAGCCUAUUUUUUCUACAGAAGAAAAACCCCUCUAAUUAAAUACAAAGCUGGAGAAAUCAGAUACAAAAGAUGUAACUUAGUUCGGGCCCCAACCCUGAAUGUUCUUCAGAAAGCAUUACUGAAAGAUGGACAAACGAGGGUAUUAGUGGAAAUUUUCACUGUAAUUAACUUUUUGGUUUAUCUACAAAUUAAUCUUAGAAUCAGUUGUCCAGACAAGUGCAGCUAUUAACAAUGAACCAGUAGCUUAAAACAGUUUUGGAUUUCCUGGAAGUACAGGAAUACAAAAGCAGUUUAGCAAAAAGACUGUGAAGAUUACACAAGCACAUGUGGCUCAGUUCUCAAAAAAGGUGUUCUAUUCAGCUUUGUUCCUGUGUUUGAUGUCUUAGCAACAUCUUACCGCUGCUUCUUGCUUCCCGUGACUCCUGCACUGUGGCAGGAAAGUCCUGUGCCAUCUUUCUUCUAUUGGCAUCGUUAAAAUUUGCAAGGUUCACUGGACACAGUAUUUUCAGACCUCUUACAGAGUUCAUGCAUGUUAGUGACCACUGAAGAAUGAGCGAAGUGUGUUAAGCUCUUCAGAAAAUGUUCUUAAUGCUAAAAAUAUUAAGGGUAGUAGGAUUAUGCCUGUAGCGUGCACCUUACAAUGGGAAUGUGAAUGCUGCUGAUAAUAAUAAUUAGACUAAUGUACUUAGUUGAUAAGAAGGGGAAAUAAUCUAUUUUAGUUGAUGGAGAAAAGCAGAACAUGUGAACUAAUCUAACAUUUUAUGAAAGAAUCUAAAAUCUAAUUCCAUCAGCUUUUUCCUAAAACUCUUUCUUGGAGAGAACUUGCUUUUGUGUUCCAAGGAUGGCCGUUUCCAUUUUUGGUCCUGUUGAUAACACUUGCACCACAUGCGAAGACUUUUUUUUACGUAAAGGAAAUAAGGGUUAUGUAUCAAUUUUAAUAGAAGGCCUAUGAAUUGCUUGAAAUGUCUUUGAUUAUCCCGUUAUAAAAAAAAAUCAUGAAAAACCUCAGACACCCCACUGAUCUUGCUCCCUCUCACUUCAGUUUCAGACUGACUAGACUAACUUGAGUAUGCUAAGACUUGCCCUGUCCAAUAACAGCACAGAUCACAGACCGUCUUCUAAACAAUUCUGUGCCACACAAACCAGGAGGAGUAGGUUGUUGCAGGCUUUUGGAAACUGCUAUUAAAAUAUUGACAUUGUCUUCAGAAGUUUCUGGAUGGCUGUUCUAUUAAAAUAUUAACCUGUUUCAUGGGGGCUGCUUACAAUAUCCGUUAAAUAAAAUAGGCUCAAGUAUUGCUGCAUUAAUCUGAGGAAUAAGCACUUUGUUCUAAAACUAAUCCUGUUUUGAGACUUCAUGUUGUGGAGGGGAAACUGACUGGUUUUAAUUCUCUAAACAGUUGUAGUAUUCUGUUGGAAUGUGCCUCUGUCAUUCACUACAAUGCAUGCUAAAAAUAAAUUUUGGAAGCAGUGCAGAAAAUAAGCUGUUUCUAAUGGGUGAAACCACUUUGAUGUGAAUAUAAAACCAUUAAAAAAGGAAUGCGCAGUUAAGUUUUGUGGAUUUAGUUCUAAAAGAGUCUUUUAUUCAACAUUUCUUCAAGGCAGGCUUUGUAUUUGUGUAGUCAGCAUCUGUACUUCUAAACCAGCUUACCAGUAUCUUGUGCACACGGAAAACUGGCAAAAAAUGGCACAUAGUUUGUAUAUGCCUGUUUUUAUGUUAACAAUAAAGGCAGCUUUUCAUAAGCUUAGAUAUAAAUGCCUAAAGUGAAAUGAUAUUCAUGAUUACUCACAAUGGUUAGUCAAGACACUGCUGGUUUUGAAUGGAGUGAGCAACAUUACACAGUCCUUAGUACAACUUGAUGUGUGAUAGCUGGUCUUCUUGCUAUUACAUGCUUGUUUCUUGUUCAAAUGACAAGACAUUCUUCAGAUUUUGAAAAAUGCAAAAAUGUUUUAUACUGUGCCUUUAAAACAGGGCUUGAUUCUGUGAAAUGGUCCAAAUUCUAUGUGACAUCUUAAAUAUUAGAAUCUUUGGUAACCUUCGUCCUAUCUAGGACGAAUUUAAUCACAUCUCUGUAAGUGCUGCUGCAUAAAUCAGUAUUGACUGCUCAUUUUGGAAGGUGAUGGAGAGUCCAAGUCUUAACAUGUUGCAAAGGAACAAUAUUUUUCUGUCCUGCUAUUGAUAGCAUCCUGCUGCCUCCCUUGUGGUAGCACAAGCACUUCACGGUGAGCUGUUCUAUCUUACUAAAUUAACAUUAUUGCUGAUAACUGAGAUAACUGACAGGAGUCCUCUCUAUCUAAAGAGUCAUAGAAAUUAUUUUAAGUAAGGCUGCAAAGUCAGUUCAGGAGUUACAAUGUUACAAAUGUGGAUAGUCUAGAUAAAAGUGCAUGAUCAUGUGCUCAGGUUUUCCCAACAGGUUCUUUCUGAGCUAUUUGCUAGAAGAAAAUGUCACCUGGUUUUUCUUCCUUCUCAUGGAGAUUUUUACAAUGCUGUCUUUCCUAAACUAACAGGUACGUUGCAAAUAAAAAUAAUAUUUGUGGUCUGAAAAUUGAAGCACUGAGGUUAAAUAUACAUAUAUACACCUACCCAUUUACCUUGAAUGCUUAUAUUAAAUUAUAUGGAGUCUUAUAUAUUAAUAGAAAAGUUAAAGAACAACAAAAAUUUUGGAAUGUGUGUGCUCUGAGAGAGCUGCAUUUUUAGGUACGUCAGUGCGUAAUAGAAUCUACAAACAUGAAUUAUCUGUCUGGUGUCCCUGUGCAGUCCAAAAGCAAAGGCAGAUGUUACUUCUUCACAACCUUUUUAAUCUUACAUUGAAAGCUCAUUUCAUUUUUUAUAGGCGGUAGGUUAAAGGAAAAAAAGUUUACUUCUGAUGCUCAUAACCUAAUGAAAAUUUAUGUGCAUUUGAAUAUUGCUGAUGGAGACUCUAAGACCAAGGUUGGCUUUCUGUUGGUCUUACUGAUCUCUUAUCUCUGUUCAGAUGCAAAGUGACUGUUUUUAACUCAAAGUAACAUGACUAAUGAAGCAAGUAGCCCAAGAUCGUAGGACACCUGUGUGGCAGAGAAAGGCACUGCUUCUAGUGCCAGACAAACUGUUCCUGACUAAAUUCAUUCUAUCAGUGUUAACACCAUAUUUCGGUGCUCCUGCUGACAAAAAAAAACCACUUGCACAGGAUUAGCAGUUCCAGAUCGCCAUGGAAACCAUGGAGAAAUGAUUCAGGCAGUCCUUUUGCAUUUAGUGUAUUGUGGGUUAUAAAGCAGUGAUGCCUUUAGCUUUGUUUCCUGUUGUUAAAGCUUCUUUAGAUGUUUCCAAGUGACUCAAGAAGUGCUGAAUUCUACUUAAGCAAAUGACCAGAAAAGCAUCUGGUAGAACUAAAGUGAAAAAUAAAUUCUCUUUUUUCUUCAUGUGUAUAAACAUCUCAUGUACUUGAAAAGGAGCAGGAUGUCCUUACUUCAAGGUUCAGAACAAAUUUUCCUUCUUUUACAAGCUUUCAGAGAGCUCUUCCAGUCACGAUUGCUAAUUUCCUUUGUUAAACUUGGCACUUCAGAGCUGAGUUGUUUCUAAAGAAAGCACUGGUGUGAGACAGAGAAUGGUCAAGAGACAGACCAAUGCUGAUGUGCACAACCAGGCUCUCUACAUCUCCCACACAAGAGUUUACCCCCUGAAAAAUACUCCUAAAGCUGAGUGUCAGAUAAUGAUAUUGCAUCCCUUAUAGGCUCUCUGCUCAGCUCUUCUUUCUCGUUCCACAUCAGGAGAAAUUUUGUGUGAUGGAAGUUUUAAGCAAUUCAUGUACUGCUUGACAGCUGAAAUGUAAAUUUUUUCACAGCAAAAAUCGUCCAUUACUGUGAUCUGCAUUAUUAUUGCAAGCAAUAGCUUCUGAGCAUUUCUGUACGAACACAGCACUGAGCCUGCAGCUGUGUGUUUUAUGUGGUUGUGCAGUUCUUUUAAUGUUUUCAAUGUUUUUAAUGUUUUCUCUUCUUUAAAAUGUUGACGAGGGAGAGAUCGGAACAAUUAGAAGGAAAGUAAUUCUGCUCUUGUCAUUCUCAGGAAUGGCCAUUUCAAAGAUACCAUUGCUCUCAGAAACUACCACAAACAGAGCAAGCUCAGAAUUUAUCCCUGUUCCUAGAGUCUGACCCAAACCAAAAUAGGAAAUCUUCACAUGCAUGCUCAGCACAACCUGAAUUCUAAGUUUCAUCUGUCCUUCUAGUAACACUGGAAUCUUUGGUUAUUGAAUGAUAAUAACUUAGAAAGAAUCCCUUGUAAAAGUUACUGUCUCAGAAUGUGCAUCUUCAACACCUGUGUUGUCUGCACAGAAACAUCUAAAUGUCCUGGAUUUGGGAAAAAAGGCUUUGGCCAGAGGAAAAAAGAAUCAAGUGUAUACAGGAAUUGUUUUGAAGCUGUGAAGUAGUGUAUAUGGGGAUCACACCGUAUCUGAUAUAACCUCUACUGUGCUAAGAUCAUCCUCAUCCUCAGCUCAGUUAGUAGUCUUGUUGUGGGUCUAAGCAUGAAUGAGGCAAAUAGGUUCAUCCUGCAUAUUUAAAAGGGACCAUGAAUGUAUUUCUGAUUCUUCAUGAUCAAGUAAAACCCUUUCAUGUUAGGCAUUUAAAUGGACGCUUGUAUUAAGAACCCAGUCCCUGUGUAACUCCUGGAGAGAAACAUGCCCUUAAGUCAGGUAAAUCAAAUCUCCUGCAUGUAGAUGACAGGAAGAUUUUUAGUGACCAGUUUAGUAGUUUGAUAAGAGAUUACUUUUACAUCAUUUUUUUUUUCUUUCAUGCUUUCCACAGCAAGGCCAUUAAGAAAACUGUAUAAAGCAAUUAUCUUCUGAAAUGAUUUGUCAUCUUUUAUAUUUCUUAUUACCAAGAAUAACUAAUUCUUUCGAGGUGUUGAUUCACAAUGAAUUUACAUUUUAAAAGCCUCUAGAGUAAUUCAAGGUUUGAUGCAGGCCAAGUUUAAACU